UAAAAUCAAUGUAAAUGUUGUCGUCACAUGCUACACUACAAAGAACUCCGCUAAAGUACAUCUUGGGUCUUCUGUUAUGAUGCUAGUGAUUCAAUUGGUGUUGAAAGAUUUGUUUACCAUAUUUGGGAAGGUUGUGGCAUAGCUCGGAUGGGAAUUGGACGGCAGCGACCGUCAUUCAUAAAUUCUGCCUACUAGAACUUAACAAACAAAGCGUUGCAUGACGGGAUGUGUAGUUUUGGUGUUUAAACGAUCACCUUAAACACACACUCACUCAGUCUUAUCCUUGUCGUGUAGUUUAAACAUGACUUUUCUUUGUGUCGGAAUGGAUAACGUCGCAUUGUAUAAGCAAAUCGCAAACACCUAUCUCGAGCGCUUUUGCGUACACGGCAAACAAAUGCAGUGUCAUCAGAAACACAACAAACGUGGGAUCCCGACGCAUACAAUUCCCAUGACCUCCGCCGCGCUCUGAUUGGCUGCUUCCUGCUGCCAAUCAUAUGGCGUUUAUUACGCCAGCGCUCCUACAGUAAAUAUUUGUGUUUGCUCAACCGGCUGUAAUGGUGGACGACUGAAAGAGAAAAGCGGUGAGACUAAAUCUCAAAAAAGAAAGAGAUAGAAAAAAAACACAGUCCCGGGUAAAGCACUAUUGUUCGUUGCUCGGAAAUAAACCCCAGCGACUAUGGAUGAACUCAAACAUCAAGUUAUGAUAAACCAGUUCGUCCUGACAGCUGGAUGUGCCGCAGACCAGGCGAAACAGCUUUUGCAAGCGGCACAUUGGCAGUUUGAGACAGCCCUUAGUGCCUUCUUUCAAGAGACAAAUAUCCCGUACGGUCACCAUCAUCAAAUGAUGUGUACCCCCGCCAACACGCCUGCAACGCCACCAAAUUUCCCUGACGCCCUCACCAUGUUCUCGCGACUCAAAGCCUCGGAAAGCUUCAACAGCAGCAGCAGUCCCAGCAUGGCCACCUCACCUCCUCCACCUCCAGUCAGCUGGGGCAUGACCCCACCCAUCCCCAACCAACAGGGCUUAUGGACUCAGGGGCCUUCCCCCCAACAAUCCCACCCGCCCCCAGGCUGGCCCUCAGCUGUCAACCAGCAAGCGACAACCGAACAGAAAGCCAGCGUCGCUAUGGAGGCCGAGAGAUGAGGGCCUGGACUACACCGAGCGAGGGUUGGGGAGGGUCAGGGGCACUCGUUUUUCUCUCACUCACCGAACAUGGAGGGGGAAAGCGUUCAACCAAGAAUAACCAAGCAACAUGGACAUUUACAGAAGAGGAGUGAAAGCCAACACAAAGGUAAUGAGAGAAAUAAAAAAACAAGCGCACAUUGUAUUACUAAGCAACAGAAAUUUACAGAGCUUUUUUCUAUAAUAAAAGAGUAGUUUAACGUAUAUGGGACUACGAUCAUUGCGCCUAUGGAUUAUUUCUGGUAUUUUCUCAAAGAUGGAUGUCUAGCAUCUAAGGCAGCAACUUUUCUCACGUUUUACUUUUUAUUCUUUUAUCUGGUGUUCUUUAUGCAAGACGCGAGUUGACGUUGCAUGUGGAUUAGCGACCUGUUUUUAGUAUUCAAUGCAAGCAUUCAUGUGUACAGUGUGUGAAACUUACACACUCAAACAUUGUGUAUCGGACUUACAUUUCCUCUACCCGUUGGAUAAUGGGACUCUUUCGUACCUCACUGGUCUCCUUACUCUAUUCAACCAAUCAGGGAAUCUCACUAGAUGAACACACUUUUUUCACACAAACCGGAUUUUCCAUGAUGCCGUGCUUUGUCCAUUACACAGUAACUCAAUGAUAUCCUCAAAGAUUGUAAACGUUGGUUGGAAAUCUGAUUCUGAAAUAUCUGGAUAUUUUAUAAUCUUUGUUCCUAGUUUUAUUUAAAUCAGUUUUUGGGGGAGCUGGUUUAGGGACGUUUAUCUGAGUUUUGUUUCUCAGUGGAGGAGAGUAAAUCCAUGCCGCUAAAGAUGCAUUAAACCAUACUACUGUACAACAUGUUGGCCACUUUGCAUGACGUAUUCAUAUGUGUAUAAUAUUUUGUAGUUUCUUGCUUUUGGGGGAAAUUCUACAUGAACGCUUGUUUUUUUGGGCAUUCGGUUUCAUUUCAAAGUUUGGAAAAAGGUUGAGAUCUCCAACACAAGGUCUAAUUCUGGCCCCAUCUGCUUUUUAUAUGUGACAUUGAUUUAAAAAAUGGGGGGGGGGGGUAAUUACUUAUAGGAUGAAAAUUAUUAUUUUCAAAAAGCAACGGUGUUGGUAAUUGCUUAUUUUCUUUUUCAUUUUCUGAUCAAGCUUUUCUUUUCGGGUCUCUUGUUCCCAAAUGGUUUUCCAUGUGUUUUCUCCUGUUUGACUGUAUUGAUAUCAUUCCCACAAUAUUUGUGGACUACCUGAUAAUUAACUUAUCAUUGUUUGUGUUCUUAAAUAAAUAUUCCAUGUCCUAUGGUGUGAUCUGUUCUUGAA